AUGGUGCGCAUCAAGGAGCGCUAUCUCCUCGUCAACCUCGUCUAUCCGCCCGAUGCCGCCAGGAUAUCCAAGGCUCGCGUGCCAGGCUUGGUUGCCCAGCACCAGCCGACCGUUGAGAAGCUGACUCCGCAGGCGCUGGUCAGGGCCAUUAGGGCAGAGGUGUCGUUGCUGUACGGCGACUAUGGCGCGGGCGCUCUCGAGGGCAAUCUUUCGGUCAAAUAUCUGUCCUUGGCGACUUCGACCUUCAUUCUGAGAUGCAACAGGGCACAUUAUCAACUCUUGUGGUCGGCAUUGACGUUUAUGGAUCGUGUCCCCGUCAAGGAUGGGCGGCCCUGCAUUUUCCGUGUCGUUCGUGUUAGCGGCACCAUUCGCAAAAUCGAAGAGGUCGCGGUGGCCCGAGCGAGAAAACUCAUCCUAGCAGCCAAGGCAGAAGCCAGCGGUCACCCACAAUCUUCGCUCUCUACGGAUAUACUGGGCACGAAAGACGACGCUGUGCUAGAUGUAGACAAUGUUAUGAGCGAUGAGGAUAUGGAAGAUGGCAGCUGA